GUGUGCUGUGGCCAGAGUGACUGUGGCGCGUCUUGUUGUUUGAGAUCCAGAAUUUCGUGAAUUUUUGACCUUUCUAGUGAUAUAUUGUUAUAUUUAUAAAGUGUCACCUCAAGUGCUAUAAUGAAAAUGAGUAGUAUUUGGUCAUUACCCCCAUAACGUCAACAGAACCAGCCUUUUGAGGUGUAGUGAUGGGGCACGAUGAAUGGGGAGCCGAACACCAACCCGCAAGUGCCCGUCACCACCCUCGCGGGCAUCGCCAGCCUCACCGAGUUACUUCCUGAGCUGCCACUCCCGUCGUCCUCAGUGGGCUACGGGGAUUCCCGGUCGCUGUUGUUUCACCCCCGUGUAGCUGAGGAAGCACAGAGACUCCUCUCCUGCCAGGACCCAGCUCUUGUGGAACAACUUGCUAACUCUCUCGCAUUAACACAUGCUGAUCAUAUAGAACUGAAAGAGCAGUAUGCUGGGACAGAGCUGAGUGUAGAGGUGAAGACAGCACCGCCACUGCUGGAAGGAAUACUGCGCUGUAACCCAGCUGUAUUUACUGGCAGGCCAGGUAGUGGUAGUGAGGGUGGAGCAAGUAUAAAAGCAGAAGGUGGAAAACUUGGUAGCCCUCUCAACCAUACUAGUUCACCUCUGAAACCCAAGCAUAUAAAUAAUGUGUCUGUGAUUCAAUGUGGUCCUGCUCUUGUCAACGCGACUCAAGUUAAGGUCAAGUCGGAACCUGGAGGAGCUCUGUCUUUGACAGAAUCUCUACCCAUCAGCGUCCCUGGUGGUCAGCUUGAGAGUCAACAGGAAGACAAAUCUUUGAACAAGCCAGGUCACCAGAUAGAGAAGGCUUUAAGCAAACAUAAACAACAGGGAGACCAUUCUGUUAAUCAAAAACAUCAAGGAGAUAGUCUGAAGCAUCAGGAAGACCUGUCUGGUGAUAAACAGAAGCAUCAGGAAGACUUGUCUGGUGACAAACAGAAGCAUCAGGAAGACUUGUCUGGUGACAAACAGAAGCAUCAGGAAGACCUGUCUGGUGACAAACAGAAGCAUCAGGAAGACCUGUCUGGUGAUAAACAGAAGCAUCAGGAAGACCUGUCUGGUGAUAAACAGAAGCAUCAGGAAGUUCUGUCUGGUGAUAAACAGAAGCAUCAGGAAGACCUGUCUGGUGAUAAACAGAAGCAGCAGGAAGACCUGUCUGGUGAUAAACAGAAGCAGCAGGAAGACCUGUCUGGUGAUAAACAGAAGCAGCAGGAAGACCUGUCUGGUAAUAAACAGAAGCAGCAGGAAGACCUGUCUGGUAAUAAACAGAAGCAGCAGAGUGACAAGUCCCCAAGAAAACCAGUGGACAAAUUUGAUAGCCAACUAGCCCAUGUUGCCUCUGAGAAAGAAAAAGAAAAGGUUUCUCAAAACCACAUCCCAGACACCAAAACGAAAGAGUCCAAGGACAAUGUCAACGCAGUGUCCAAAACUAUGAAAGAGCCAGUGGUGGUCCUCAAUAAGCUCUCCUCGGAGGAGCUUAAAUCUAUGGCCCGUAUCCCCAAGCUUUCAGGAGUUGGAAGUAAUGCUAAAACAGAGAAAAAUGCUGAUAUACCCUCCAAAAACAGUGGCAGCUCAAGAAGGUCUAGGGGAGCACGGGAAGCAAGCAAGUACAAAGAGGUCAGCUCGGAUUCUGAAUCAGAAGAUGAGGACAAGAAAAAGCCUAAUAAAUAUUUUAAGAAUCGUGAAAAGGAACGAGAAGAGAAAAAGAAGAAAGACAAAGCUGACCGAAAGAGAAAUAGAAUACAGUCUGAUGAGGAUGAUUAUGACCCUGAGCAGGAAACAAAGCGAAGAAGAAAAGGAGGAUAUCAGGAUGAUGAAGAGGAUGAGCGGGAUGAAGAUUCUGACUGUGAAGGGUCAGGACGGGGCAACAAGAGGUCGGCACCAGCACCAGCACUCCCCAGGAAGUCAUACACCAACAAGAGGAUAGAAAGGAAGUUAGUGGCCCAAACAGAGAAGCUGACUGCUGAGGAAUUAAUGGAAACUGGGGUGUAUCAAAGAUUUAAUAGAGCUGUAGAGAAAAUAUUUGAUAAUACUGAAGAUCUGGACCUCAAUGCUGAAAUUGAGGAAGAUGGUGAUGUUCCACAGGAGUACCUGAUUCCUAAGUAUGAGCUAACGGACCUGUGUUCAGAAUCGGCAAAGCUAAAGAGUUUAGGCGCCAUGGCCAUCGUUCCCCCAGAGCGACUUGUCAGGCUCCUUAACAUCCUUGAGAAAAAUAUUCGUGAUGGAGCUAAAGUUACUCCCGUUGUAGAUGAGGAUGAUGAUGAUGACGAUAAAUUGUGGCUGGAGUUAGUGAUGGAACGUAUCUUGCGAGCGAUGGAUGCUUCCCUCACAGCCAUGUACAUCAUGACUGCUCAAAACAUGAGCAAGAGAGUCUACCUCGAAGAUGUCAUUGAAAGAUGUGUACAGUUUACCAAAUUUCAGCUUUCCAAUACUAUAUAUCCAUCUUUUGAUCCUGUCUACAGGGUGGACAAUAAGAAAGAUGGAUAUGUUGGAAACAUGAAAAGAAAACGUGCCCAAUGUAAAGAUGUCCGGAAUCGUAGUAUUCUAGGCCUUUACAACAAACUUCAUGAGGUUGUGGGCUUACUGGCUGACCUUCUUAGUAUACAAACCCUCACGGACACCACAGUAUUGCAACUGUCCACCCUUGGUGUUGGACCGUUCUUUGUUGAGAAUGUGUCUGAAUUGCAGCUCUCUGCCCUCAGGCUGGUUACUAAGGUGUUCUCCAAGUACAACAAACACCGUAGAUUAUUACUGGACGAUAUUCUGGCCUCAAUAGCUCGUUUACCUAAUAGUAAGAGGAGUUUGAGAACUUACAGAUUAAACUCUGAUGAAAAUAUUCAAAUGUUAACCGCCUUAGUGUUACAGUUAAUACAGUGUGUUGUUGAACUUCCGGAGCAGCUGGCACAGGUUGCUGGUUGUAAAAGUGCUAGUGAAGGUGAUAGUCAAAAUUCCAAAGAUUCUAAAGACGCCAAAGUUGUGGAGGAAAAGAAAGAUUUAAACAUGGACAGAGAUGUGUUAGUUUGUACUCGUUAUGAAACUGCCAUGACCACAGCAUAUAGUUUCUUAUCUGUGUUCCUUGAAAAAACUGGCAGCAAAAGUGAGGAAAUUGAUUAUAGACCGUUAUUUGAAAACUUUGUGCAGGAUCUUCUUGCAACGGUAAAUAAACCCGAAUGGCCUGCCGCUGAACUUCUCUUGUCACUUUUGGGCAAGCUUCUAGUACAAAACUUUAGUAACAAAAAAUCGGACAUGGCCCUACGGGUAUCGUCACUGGACUGCCUUGGUGUGGUAGCUGCCAAACUGCGACGUGAUGCCGUCUCUUCUCAGUUACAGCUGGAAAGUAUUAAAACUAUUAUCCAGGAGGUGAAAGAGGAAGAAAAUCGUGAUGCUCCCAUGUUGGAGGAUGGAUCUCCUCCUCCACCUACAGAAAAUGGCACCACCAACACUUCAAACAAAAAGAGUAAAAAGAAGCAGAAGAGUGGAAGUGAGAGAGCUAAGGAGAACGAAGGACCUUCAGAUGAGGAACAGGAGCGAACAAUGUUCCUACAGCGUGUACUCUUAGAUUGGCUGGCAGUCAAUUCUGGGAGUGAGUCUGCCCUCCUCCAUGCUAGACACUUUUUUAUUGGUCAGUGGUAUAGAGAAGCAUUCACAGAGAUCAUGCGUCAAAAGCAAGGGCCUCUACCACAACCUAGUGCAAGAAAAUCAGGGAGUCAUAACAAGAAGAAGAGAAAGAGAAAAGGUGAUGAAAGUGAAGACGAAACCAGUGAAGACUCGGACGAAGACAAUGAAGAUGAGGGGAAGAAAGUGGGGCAAGCAGAUGAGGCACUAGUGAGAGAGGUUACAGAACUUGCAGAAAAAAGAAAGUUAUUUCUUCUUAAAAAGGUACCAGCCUUCCCACCUGCAUCGCCUGGAGCAAAGACACAGACUCUACAAACUCAUAUAGGCUAUGAAAAUGCUGAGCUCAUCACCAGAUACCUUGCAUCAAAGAGACCAUUUUCACAGAGCUUUGAUGUGUAUCUUAAGCAGAUCCUGACAGUAUUGACAGAGUCUGCCAUUGCGGUACGCACAAAGGCUAUGAAGUGCCUGACUAUGGUAGUGGAAGCAGAUCCAGGAGUUCUGUCUCGUAAUGACAUGCAACUGGGUGUGCACCACUCCUUUCUUGACCACUCAACAUCUGUCAGAGAAGCAGCCGUUGACUUGGUGGGCAAGUUUGUUUUGUCACGUCCUGAAGUCUUAAACACCUAUUAUGAAAUGAUUUCUGCGAGAAUAUUGGACACGGGUGUCAGUGUAAGAAAACGUGUUAUCAAGAUCUUGAAAGACAUAUGUCUUGAAUGUCCCGACUUCACCAAAAUUCCUGAGAUCUGUGUCAAGAUGAUCCGGAGAAUCAACGAUGAAGAGGGCAUCAAGAAGCUAGUGCAGGAGGUCUUCCAGAAUAUGUGGUUUACCCCGGUGAGAGAGAGGCCACAUCUAGAUGAAGAGGCUCUGCUCAGAAAAGUCAAUAAUAUUACGGAGGUGGUGGUGGCCUGCAGGGACACUGGCUUGGACUGGUUUGAGCAGCUACUACACAGUAUGUUUAAACCAAGGGAAGACAAAGAUGAUGUGACAAAGAUCAACACUGAGCCACCAAAGUCCUUAGUGACAGCAUGUAAGCAGAUAGUGGACUGCCUGGUCAGGCACAUCCUGGUACUUGAAGAAGACGGUCAGGAAAAUCAGCCAGCAGACCAGCCACGGACCACGACACAACGUAUUCUGGCAUGCCACAAGACUCUUUACUUGUUCGCAAAAAUCCGUCCCCAGCUCUUGGUGGACCACGCAAUAACACUCCAGCCUUAUUUAGCGUGGAGAUGCCGGACACAAGUAGACUACACUAUGAUUGGUGUAGUGGCGCGAACACUAGAAUUAGUUGUACCCCUGAUGGAGCACCCCAGUGAAACUUUUCUCUCACAACUAGAAGAAGAUGCAGUCAAGUUGAUAUUACAGCAUGAUCGUACAGUCAUCACGUCAUGUUUAGCGCUUCUUGGCUCAAUUGUCAACACAGUCACCAAAAAUUACAGACUCAUAAAGGAUUGCUUUAAUAGAUAUCACAGCUUUAUCGUGGACUACAAAAAAUUAAAUGAGGAAAAUCCAGAUAAUCCCAAAUUAGAAACAUUGAAACCUCUCUUCAGAAGAGCACUCUACACAAUUGGUCUCCUUUUAAAACACUUUGAUCUCAAGGAUGAAAGAGUCAGAUGUGGAUUGGCGCACGAUGUCACCGAACAAGUGUUUGAGACGCUGAUGUACUUCAUGGAUUCGCCCGAUAUGAACCUCCGUUACUACACACUCCAAGCUUUGGGAUUUGUCUGUAUUCGGCACUAUGAACUAAUGAUGGGGAUUCGUUUGAAACAGCUGUAUCACAUGUUGUUACUUGACCCGUCCGUAAACACCCAACUGAGAACACAAACCCUUCAAAAUAUAGAGACAUAUCUCCAGGAGGAAGAAGUGCGCAUGAUCAAGCAAGAUCAAGAAUGGUCUAAGCAGAAAACAAGGGAGAAUUUAAAAGAAAUGUGUGAUGUCCAGUCUGGUAUGGCAUCUGCUAUCAUCCAAGUCUACCUUAAACAAGUCCUGGAAUGUGUGGUAGCCGGGUGUGUAGGUGUACGACACUCAGCACUGCGUGUGAUCCAGCUGGUGUUGGCCCAGGGUUUAGUCCACCCCGUCCAGAUCGUGCCAUACCUGGUGUGUAUGUCGACUGACACCGAGGAAGUAAUUGCCCAUUCUGCAGACAAACAGCUUCAAGACAUUGAAAAGAAAUAUCCUGGUUUCAUUGGGAUGAAGGCCAUGCAAGGUUUCCGGUUAUCAUACAGAUUACACUCCCUUAUCCAGGCCUCUCCCCCAACUCGAGGGUUUCGCAUCAAAGAAGGAGAACACCCUGGAGCACUUAAUGGUUUUUUAUACUCCAUUAUGCGCUCCACUAAGCAGCACAGAAGAGCAGUGGCCUUCUCCUUGUUAAAGCAGUUUGAGGAACAGGCAAGAACCGGCUUGAGUGAGUUGCUGUUCAUCGCAGACAACCUGGCAUACUUCCCUUACCAGGUGCUGGAUGAGCCACUCUUCAUCAUCCACCACAUUGACAUUAUGAUCUCUGUCACAGGUAGCAACCUGCUCCAGGCUUUCAGAGAGGCUCUCCUGCCACCUCCUAAUGCAGAAGUCAAAAUCAACCCUGAAACCGGGCAGCCAGAGUAUGUAGAUGACCUGGACGAUGAAGAGGAUGUUGAGGUGUAUUUAUCACGUCUGCCACUGAGUUUGACACCCUUGGUGGACUGUAUCAAUGCCUCCCAGGGUUGCCUACUAUUGCUCAUGCUUAAAGACUACAUGAAGGAGAUAUAUGGCAUCACUGAUGGGAGAAUUACUCAGUACUCCCCUUCGGAUACUUCCAAACAAUAUGAAAAGGGUGCCUCUAGAAAAAGUUCAGCCAGGUUUAACCCCAAGUCAAUUCUUAAGCGGUUAAAAGAGGAACCAGACCAAGAUUUAGAUACUGUAGAUGAUACCAGACCAAAGAUUGACCUCAUUAACCAAUACCUCAAUUUUAAAGCACUAAUGUUGAAGAUUGAUCCGGAUGAUGAUGAAGAUUCAGAUGUAGAUAUAUCUAAAAAACCAUUCCAGAAUGAUACCAACAUGCCUGUUCCAAAUACUAGAAGCUUAAGAGGGAAUCAGAAUGCUAGCGAUGUUCCAUUGCUGCCUGGCACACACGACGGAUGGAAGGAUCAACCGAAGGGUGCACAAAUGUUGCCAGGAACUCUUAACACAGUGGGCAAUGCCGUGGUGGAAACUAAGAGUGAUGAGCAGCUACCUCCUCGCCGCUCACCCAUCAAACCAAUCACCAUACGCACGUCGCAGGUGACACCUUCAAGAGAACACCGCUCACAUCACCACCACCAUCGUUCCUCCCAUAGAUCUUCCAGCCAUAAAAAACACAAGAAAAAGAAAAAGCGGAGGAGAAACAGUGAUUCAGAGGAUGAAGAUAGUGAAUAUAGUGACCCUGAUUUUCUUGUAUAGUAGUUCUUGGUGCAUUAAUACAAUUGGCAGGACAGACCAUGCUGGACAAGGACCAUGUAUAAAAAAAAAAUAAGGUGCACUGAACAUGUGUUGCAUGCUAUCAAAGCACAUUUUUAUGGAAAUAUAGCGCUGAAGAACAGUAGGUGAAACAGUACAUAGUGAUGCUAAAGUGACCUUUAUAUUAAAGAAAAUUUGAUUAAGAAUACACAUAGUAAACAAAAAGAUAUUUUUAUUCCAAGCAAUACAUUAGGUAAGGAUAUUAUUUUGCACCAAUGAUUGCAUUGACUCAGAAAGCCCUGAAUUGCAAUACCUCUGGUGGGACAAGAAGGCAACUAACUGACAUGCUGUGGACAUGAAGUGAAGUUUUCAAGUACAGGAACAAAGCUACUAGCAAAUUUAUGCCUUUAGAUUGAAUGCUAAGAUGGAGUCACUAAGUACAAUUUGUUUUGUACAAGACUAUGAACAUUUAGCUUCUGUACACUGAGGAAAAUUUCCAUGAGAUGGUAAUGAGUCAGUGAGAAUGUAUUUAUUAUUUAUUGUACAGUAAUGUUUGAACACUUUAAUACUUUCUUUAUUAUUUAUUGAAGAAAUUAGCCCCACAUUGGCAAACAUUUGAACAAGAGCACUGGUUGUGAGGGUUUGGGGUAGUGAAGUGUAUACGUACUCACAAAAACUGAAUGUGGAGGCUGUAUUGAAUAUUAUUUUUUUUUAUAUAUAUAAUAUAAAUAUAUAUAUAUAUCUAUAUAUAUAUACCUUAGAUUCUUUUCUAAAGGACAGGAGUGCGAGUUGUAUUGACCAUCUUUUGAUAAAUUAUUUUGAUUUUAAUUUUUGCCAGUGCAAUUUUAUAUGACAAACUGAAGGACCAGAUGACUUUGACCUGCUAUUUUAGUUUAAACCUUCUAUUGUCUUAAUUCAUGCACAAAUGUUCAAUAUUUGAACUGCUGGACUUAUGCAAUGUUUUAUACAAUUGACCAAAACUGGGAGAUUUAGAUUGUUUAUUUGCCUUUGUGAUAUCAAUUCCUCUUAUACACAGUUUCCUGCCAAAUACUUGUGUGAAUACAACCAUGAAAGACUGCCAUAUAAAAGCACAUUUUGUGAAAUAAGUCCAAAAGGAGUCAGAUUGUCAUUUUUGUGAAUAUAGUGUGACCACUAAUUGCAUAAGUAUGUGUUCCAUAAUACUUGUCUAUUUUUACCUGAAUGUAGUGAUGUCACAUCUCAAGAGAGUAGUUUAGUGUAGGAAAAUGUAGCAGUGGUCUGUAUAUUGGCAACCCACAAGUGAACUCGUUUUUUAUUGGAUAAAAACAGUACAUAAUUGUAUGUAUACUUGUGAAUAGCAAAGUCUCCCCUAUGCGGUUUCAGCAAAGACAAGAAGUUUUUCCUCAUUACUUAUUUUUUAUAGAUGACUGGCAAAGUCUGAGCUGUUUUCAUUUUUAUACCAUGCAGUAUAUGAAAAAUUUUGAUUGCCUUUUAUGACAUUCUUCUACAGAUUAAGCAGCACAGACUUCUGCCCUAAGUUUUUGUAGUAGUUUCCUUAUUGUCCAUUCUUGAUUCAUGAUCCAAACCGACAUGCUUUAUCUCAUCACACCGAGUGGAGGGGAGAGAUGGCUCCCUCACCAGCCAGACCCUCGGUUGAUCACUAACAAACAUAACAGUUACACAAACAAUUUAGAGACGACAUAGUUACCCACAGCACAAUGACCUACAGGAGUAGGUAAACACAUAUCAAACUCAGUUGCACCAGGACAUUCAUUAUUUAUGACAAAAGUUUACUAAACAAGAUCACUGUUGUUCCAGGACACUGAAUUUUGAAGUUAACACGUGUGCCUUGGUUUGUGCUUUAUCGGCAAACCAUGAAAAUAGUGUAAAUUCAGAAUAUCAUUUGCUGGAUAAUAUAAAUAGUGGGCUGAUGAGUCUGGGUAAUGAAAAUUUUGGUGUAGAUUACAGUGAGAUCCCCUCCCGCCCCACCACUCUUCAUCAUCUCUGAACCACAACAUGUCAGACAGAGAGGAGUUCCAUUAGAGACAUUAAAUGAUCAGCAAAAGA